AAAAUUUGUCGUUGGAGGAACACGGUAAGUUUGAGAGCUAAAUACAAAGUAUCAAAGUUAUAGAGAAAAAAACGGAAAAAAAGCAAGUCACACAUUACUUCAAAAAUAAUCGGUGAAAAGUCGAAUUCUUGAACGUACAGCUUUUUAAACUUUGCUACUUAUAUUUUAUACGAAUGAUCUAACCGGGAUCGCAGAUCACCUUUCUUGUUGUUUUGCUGACACUAUGAAAGACCACAUACAAUGACGGUUAUAGGAUUAUGCCACACUUAAUAUAUGAACCUCAAACACUAAUCUUUUUUUUGAUGGUCUUUUAUCACUGGUAUUACGUGCUACCCGUAUUAUUACAAACAAUCCAUCCUUUUAUACUUACUACUUCAGACGGGAAAACCGAAUUGGCUAUUAUCUUCUAAUAAACUGUCAUAUUUUACACAUUCACCCAACGGCAUUCCUUAACACGUUUUUUAUGAGACUUUGAAUAGUUUGCAUGUUAUCUAGUCUUGCUAUAUCGUUACAAUAGUGACUAAUUUUCCAUUAAUAGUUGCCCGAUAAAUGUUUAUAAUCCUGUAUGAACCUCCAUACGUAUUCAUUCACCAGCGUCUCACGGUCUAUCUUUUAUUUAUUCAAACCGCUCCCAAUUUUUGGAUACAAGUCAUCUUGUACCCCACUCUUAAAUUCUGUCUCCAGGCAAGCGUACUAUUCUGCACAGGUUUCUAUCUUGUCCUUUUCCAUAGAUGAUCGGUCAGUUAUUUGGAUAAUAACAUCACAUGAAUAAAGCAGGAGCGUGGUUCAAGAUGCUAGCAUUUGAUGAAAUCAACUUCAUGAGUAAUCCUAUUCUGUUUUGACCAUGAUUCAGACCUCAAAGUCACUUAGUUGCAAUGUCGUUAGUAAGCUGAGGUCAUUGAUCAGGAAAGUGUUCCGCGAAAUGCACCAGCAAACCGACACCUCGCCAAGUGGCUUAUGCUUAGCUUCAUUCAACAAAUAGGUCUAAUUUGAAACUUGUUUAAUUACUCUGCACAGAUAGUUCCUAAAUUUUUUCGAAGACACUAGUCUUUAUUGAAGUCAAAGGUAUGAAAAAUAUUUGGAUGCAUAUGUUGACCCACUCCGAAACAUUUUUCACCGAUAUGUUUCAGCGGUAAAAUCAGUUAUAUAGUCAUAGUUAUUACUGAACCUAUGCGAUUUCAUUUUUUUUGUAGUUUUAAUAAAAGUCUAGGCUACAGUGCAGUAAAGAUUCUUACUUGCUUUAGAAAUAUCAUUAGGUUCUAAUAGUUUCUAUCAGAGUAAUGGAAUAUGUCAAUCCAUAUAUUUAUGACGGAUAGGUGGCUAGAUAUAUGCAACUCGACUACAGCCUAAAGAACAUUACUCAGGACAAUGUAUGCACUUGUUUAGCAUAUGAAAAGGUUAUAAAACUGUCUUAUUAAUUAAUUUAGUAUUUAUCUGAUUCAUUCUAACCUAUUUGUUAAUGUUUAAAAAAUGCAAUUGUUGCUUAUAUCCAAAUUUUGGAUAACGUUUGAGAUUUUUUGUGUAUAAAGUUCAUAACAAAGUCUACUUUAUUAAGAACACAAAGGAGAUAGACCCUGUUCAAUGGAACCCAUAUUCUAUUGUUUGUUUAAAAGUGCUACAGAUAGUUACUAGCGCUUCUUAUGGCCUUUGACCAGUAACUAAUCCAGAUAGUCUCGAUGAUUCAAGAAAUGCUAAUAAAACGUAACUUAUACUAGAUGGUAGUUAAUUUCAUAAACAGCCAAUAACUCUAUGUAUAAACAACAACUCAAUUUUUAUAACUUACGCCGUACAUCGAAAUCCAGAUUUUCCAAACUCGUGGCAAAAUAUUCACACUGUCCAAUUUUCAUAAUGAUGGCAAUAAAAGGGACAAAAGCUGACUGAGUGGGUAUUUAUUAUGUCUGUUUCGAUAUUGAAUAUAAACCUAUAGUGCUUAAAACAACACCAUCCCCAAACCACUAUGCUUUGUGGAAGAGUUCAAGUGUUCAUGUCGGGCAGAAAUGCAACGAUUAUUAUGGGUUUAUUGAAGUAUAAUCUCGAAGAUUGAUCGGCUCAUCUGCUAGUCCAUGAUCAUAUUCACUGACGUACGUAACACAUAUCCCAACCACCUCAGUUGUUGGAGAUUCACUUCCUCAUCAAUCGAUUCGCUAUCCUUACUUCCUAUCCUAUUUUCAACCCAGGCAUUGGUAACUCAGAGGUCCCAAAAUACAGGAGCAACGAUUUCAAGACACCUAUCAUCGAGUACUAGUAACCUACGAAUAUCCUCUGUUCGUAACGGCCAUCGUUCACAUCCAUAAAGUAGAAUGGAGCGAACUGAUGGGAGUUAAACUCGUUUAUUGGUUGGCAGAUGGAUAUCUCUCCUAUGCCACAAGUGACUCAAGUUGGCGAAAGCCAGUCGAGCCUUCUGAAUCCACGAACAUAUUUCGCCAGCCUAUUCUAUGCUAAGCAGAAAUUUAUAAAAUUGGGUUUUACUGUUACUUUUGUUACUUUCUUAAAACAUCAUGUAUUUAAUAACAGAAUCUCCUGAUCAAUGCCACCUGGUUAAACCUCGUUUUUCCUAUAAUAAAGUCGUUAGAAGUGUUUUUAGUCCUCUCUUCGCUUCCUAAAAUUUUAAUGGUUUGACUAAACAACUAUUCCAGAGUUUUAUACUUGGUAGGGUUGGGGUGAACCUUGAGAUUGUAUAAUUUAUGGAUUAUUGCAGCAUACUGAAUUGUGACAUUAUAAAAUGCCAAUAUCACUUUCGUCUAAUAGUUUCCAAGAGGUGUGUCUAACAUUUUUUAAAAACAGCAACAAUAGUAGCAAUUACUCUGCUGCAUUUCAGUGUGAAUCUUUCAUCUACUUGAUUUUCAUAUAGAUGUUUUCUCAGUUUCGCAACGUUUUAUGAAGAAUUAGGUGUCAAUUUCCAAAACAAUUAAAAACCUGUGUCAAAGUUGUUUACUUAGCCUACCGAUGAUUUUUUAUCAUUAAACAGCUAUAUUGUGUAAAAUAUUCUAUCAUUACGUAUUUUAAAAGCACCAUCUCUUCUCAAAUUACCGACAGAUUUACCACAUUUUGACAUUCAAACUCUUGAUAGAAGAUUCACCUAAACUUAAAAUAAAGCAUAGAUGAUCAAACCUACUUGUUUAUUGAUCUGCUUAUCCAUAGAAAAUCUAAUUUUGGUCAGAAUUUUGUUGAAGUUUAAUUUUUAAAUUCUUAGUAGGAUAUCAAAAACUGCUUGGGCGAAUUGAAAUGAUAAAUCUUAUCAGAAUUGACUUAUCAUAAAAUUUAGUCUGUGUAGGUUUCUGUAACACGAUUCUUCUAUCAUUCUAGCUUCUAUUAAUUAGCUGACUACAGUGAAUCAUGAUGCUAAAUUACUUUUCCAUUUUUCCAUCAUCUUGAAGUAGUGAUUGUCCUCUCAUUUCUAUGUCAUUACAAUGAGGAAAAAAGAGAUUUUUUCACUAAGGUAGACCCAGUGUUGUCCAUAGCGAACCUAUAUGUUCCUUUGUCGACUUAAUUGAUAAAUAAUGACGUGUUCGUGAAAUAUAAUAUAUAUAUAUAUAUAUAUACAUUAGUUUCAUCAAGUUCAAAUGAAAAUUUUGAAGACUUGGUCAUUAAAAUCAGUGCACCUUUCGGUUUUACAGACAGUAAUUUACUGUCUGUCUGAUAGAUUAAUUCACUUCAUAUCUGGCAGCCUGUUACAAAUUGAAUAUCCAAAUCUUUCACAUUGACCUUUUAACCGAACAUAUCUGAACUUAACCGAUGUGCCCUUUUAAGAUCCAAUUUCCUCUUUUUAACAAUAAGAUAUACGUACAAGACCAUUUUAAGGUCUAAAUUUCAUACAAAUUUUACACACCUAAUUCGUAAGUUUUGCAUGGAAAACGUCAGCGUGCUGAAAAAUAAAAAUUAAUAAGUUAUCGCCGUAAUAUGUUUAGAAUUACUAGAAUAUAAGGUGAUUUCGAUUUUAGAAGAUUGUCAAGCGCUAAAUAGCAACAUUGUGUAAGUUUUUCUUUAGGUUUUAAUGAAAUUUUAACAAUAUGAGGAAAGUUCAACGGAACAAAAAUCUUAGUUUUAUAUGUUUAUUAAUUCACUUUGUCCUUCCUAAUAACUUUUGUUAUUUGCCUAACUAGUUACUUCUUUCUUGUUAUAGAUUGGGCUUUUCAUUGCACAAACGUAAAAAUGAUGGUAACAGAUCAUACGAAGGAGCAACUUUCUACUAUGUAUCAAAUGACAAUCAGUGAUUCUUGGUUACUUGCGAAACAUGAUUUAACCGUAAAUUUAUCAACCUUUUCGCAAUGCAUGUGCCUUGGAGAUAUUUUUGAUUCGUCCACCAAUGAACUUAUUGUUGCUGAUUUUAGUCAAUAUUUUAAAAAUAUCCAUUCUAACAUAGGAGGUUUUGAAUUCAAAAUUAAGAUAUUCAAAGGGACUAAACUCAUAAAGGAAGUACCAUACUUUGAAGCUCCUUCUGGAAUUAUUCCAUUUAAAUGUAAAGGGAACGAUAAAAAUUGUCUAGACUUAGCUAUUGCUGCUGGAUCAUUUAUUUAUGCCUGUCGUAAAUUAUCAUCAUAUUAUAAAUUUACUUUACCAUCAUUGGAACCUAAUUUGGAUGAAUUCAAACUAUGGGAACAAGCCAAAGAGGGUAAUUUGACACCAGAGGAAUUACGUGAAAAACUUAAGCAAAUUGGAUCCGAUGUGCAUAAGCUUACUUCAAGAUCUAUACGAUAUCUACAGUUACCCGUCAACCUUUUACACGAAUUUUUUAACACCUAUCGAGUUAUUCCACUUGAGAAGCAAACUGUAGUAACAUGUUUAACUAAAAUGAGUAAACAGCACAAUGGACCUAAUUCUUGGGACUGUUUAAUUGUUGGCACAGAAUCUUGUUUUGUUUAUAUUUACGAUUGUGUAACACACAAUAAUUUAUGUGAGGUUGCGUUACCAUCUGUUCCAGUUCAUUUAAACGCAAUAGGAUCUUUCGAUAUUGAAUAUCAUAUUUUAGUGACAUGUCGUAAUGGAAUAAUUUAUUCCAUAAAACGUGGGGAAGCCAAUGCUAAGGUUUAUGUUGAAACUGGGUCACAGAUUAUCGGUUUACUUCGUACAGAGAAAGCUGUUAUACUUGCUUGUAUGGAUCAAACUGUUAAAGGAUUUUCACUGGAGGGUCGACCAAUUUGGAGAGUAAGACAUUCGUGUGAAAUUUUAACAAUAGCUCCAAUGAAUUUUAAUAGUUCAAACAAUAGAAAUCAUGAAAUUUAUUAUAUCAUUUGUUUAUCAGAUGGUUCAGUCGAGAUCUACUGUGAUCAACAUUUAUGCGAUAAAUGCAUCACAUGGAUUCCUUCUACUCAGAACACUACUAGUGAGGAUAAUAACAGUAAUCCUUCAAAUAACAUUACAUCUGGUAAUUCAGGUACCAUAAAGGUAACAGAAACUGGACAGAACAACAACCAAUCACGUAAACUAAUUGAUUAUCACUUAGCGAAACCUGAUCCAAUUGUCGCCUGCUGUUUCGGGAAGUAUGACAGAGAAAUUAAUACACUAAUACUUGUAUCUCAAGCUGGACACAUGUUAAUCUUAAUUGUUAAACGUACAGCUAAUUUUAUUCCAAUGGAUGUGAUUUCUUCUCGUACAAUUGGUAAACUUGAUAAUUUGAAUAUCCCCAAAAAAUCGAAUUUAUUUAUGGAUUUAACUACUCGUGAACAGUUGAAUGCACCACAAAUGUAUCGUCAAUUUGUGAAUGAUUUACGCUUUCUUAAGCGAUCGAUUUCAUCCACCUUUCUCAAUAUGUUAGAAAAUUAUUCUAAUCCUAUCCCAGUAUCUGGUUACGGUGAUCAAAUUAAACUAAAUGUUCAAGUUCAAGGUCUUGGACCUGAAUUUACUUUGAUUUGCGAGAUAGUUCAAAUAAAAAGCAAUACAAUGUCAACUUUGAAUGGUUUGUAUAUUUUAAUAUUAUUCAAUGCUUCAGUUUAUCAUGUGAAUCCGGUUUUGAUUCCAGUGGCUACAAUUUAUCCUUGUUUCAAAUACCGUUACACUUCUUCCAUCACUUUGAUUCAUGAAACAAUAAAUGAAGAAGAAAUAAAGGUUCUUGUUAUCAAUAAGCAAAGUUCUAGACCAAUAAUUUCUUCUUCAGUGAAAAUGCCAAUCAGUGAGCCAUCGACGGAAUAAUUUAAUGAUGUUAAACUGUUAAAAAUGUACAGAUAUCCCACUCUUGUUAAUAAAUUUUUAUAGCUAG